AUGACGGCCUCCAUGGACGCCAUGGAUGGUGAUCAGGGCUGUGAAAAAGGACAUGUACUGGAAGAAUUUAAAGAAAUUGAGGAAGUAAAGAGUCUGAUUGGAUCUCUUAACAACAUCUACAAUGAUCAAAUCGCGAGAGAGGCGUCAUGUGAAAGAUUCACAUUCAUUGUUGAUCAGUAUCAAGAACAACCUCACCUUAUAGAUCCACAUCUUGAAUCCUUAAUGAUGCAAAUUGUUGAUAUUGUAAGAAAACCAAAUUACCCACCUGCAUUAAAACAGGAGGCUUACAAGUAUUUGUAUCUCAUCACCAAGAUGAGAGGAUUCAAAAUUGUCAUUCGCCAUUUUCCGCAUGAAGUGUCAGAUGUUGAGCCAGUUCUGUCAGCAAUGAGUCAGCAAGAUCCACAGGAUUUUCAGACUUGGGAGACCCGGUACAUGCUGUUGUUGUGGUUGUCUGUGGUAUGUAUGAUCCCGUUUGACAUGGCCAGACUGGACAGCAAUAUUCCAUCUCAGGGCGGAGAGAAAAAGAUUCCUGUGAUGGAGCGAAUCCUGAACACCGCUCGGAUUUAUCUAACAGUAAAUGAUAAAUGUCGAGAUGCAGCUGCCUUCCUUGCUGCCAAGUUUUGUACUCGUCCUGAUGUCAAACGAGAGAAAUUGCCAGAAUUCCUUGACUGGUCUUUACAAGUUCUCCACAAUGCAAACAUGGACACAAUAGUUGGGAACAAUCAAGUCAGUGGAGUAUUAACAAUGCUGGCUCUACUGUUUAAACAAGGGAAAAGAGAAGACUUGCUACAGUAUGCUGCACAAGUUCUUGAAGUUGUAGAGAGGUUAGAAUUAAAUAAGAACAACAACACACUGCUGAGGAAGGCUUCCAUUAAAGUCACUCAGAGGCUUGGAUUGACAUUUCUGAAGGCAAGGGUGGCAACAUGGAGAUACCAGCGUGGUAAUCGUUCUUUAAUGGACAAUCUUCAGAAAGGAGGAUCUGUUCAGCAGACCAUAAACCAGAGACAGGAAGUCAAGGAGGAAGAAGAGGAAUACGAUAUUCCAGAGGAACUGGAGGAUGUCAUUGAGACUUUGCUUGGUGGACUCAAGGAUAAAGACACAAUUGUCAGAUGGUCUGCUGCAAAAGGCAUUGGUAGAGUCACUGGGCGUCUACCACGGGAUUUGGCAGAUGAAGUUGUGGAGUCUGUUCUUCAAUUGUUCACUCUACAGGAAACUGAAGGGGCUUGGCAUGGAGGUUGUUUGACAUUAGCAGAACUUGGAAGAAGAGGCCUGUUACUACCGCAGAGGCUUCCUGAUGUGGUGCCUGUUGUGUUAAAGUCCUUGGAGUAUGAUGAGAGGAGGGGAGAUUUUUCUGUGGGAGCCAAUGUGAGGGAUGCAGCUUGUUAUGUCUGCUGGGCAUUUGCCCGUGCUUAUGAACCUGGAGAUCUGGCAGAGUAUGUCAAAGAUAUUGCCAAUGCCUUGGUAAAGGUGUCAAUAUUUGACAGAGAGGUCAAUGUCAGAAGAGCAGCUGCUGCAGCCUUUCAAGAGAAUGUGGGACGACAGGGGAUUUUCCCACAUGGUAUUGAUAUUCUAACACAUGCUGAUUAUUUUGCUGUGGGAAACAGGGCACACUGCUAUCUGGAUUUGAGUGUGUACAUUGCCCAGUUUCCAGAAUACACUAUUGCCUUGAUUAACCACCUGGAGGUCAAGGCCACACACUGGGAUAGUGCAGUAAGAGAGUUAUCAGCUAGAGGACUCCAUAAUUUGACCCCUAAAGCACCAGAGUACAUGGCAAGCCAAGUGCUGCCUCGGCUGAUCACCUUGACAACGGGUAUGGAUCUGUUUGCUAGGCAUGGCUCCAUUUUAGCGGUAGCAGAGAUUACACAUGCCCUCGCUAAAGUUGCAGAGGACCAGAACAAAUCAAUUACAGAUGUAUUAAGUCAACAGGUUAUAGGUGAUAUGAAGGACAUAGUAAAACAGUUGAAUGAAGCCCGUUUGUUCCGUGGAUGGGGUGGGGACUUGAUGAGGAAGGCAGUAACCUGUCUGAUAGAGAAGCUGUCCCUAGCUAAACUACCCUUCCAUGGGGACCCUAUACUGGAUUUGUGGCAGGAGUUGAUCAGUGGAUGUUUACAACACAUAGAGCAGGAUAUUCAGGUGGCAGCAGCUCAGGCGAUUCCUGCGUUUUACAGAGAGUAUUACAUGGAAGGUGAUGGAGGACCAAAGAAAGAUAAACAGGAGUUUGUGAUAAAUAAGUACACACAGGAACUAAAGAGUAAUGUGGAAUCUUGCAGAAUGGGAUUUUCUUUGGCUCUUGGAGCAUUACCAAAGUUUUUUAUUCAAGGAAAAUUAGAGGUUGUAUUAACAAGUUUAAUGGAGGCCACUGCCAUAACUGAGAAGGAGAAAAAAUGGGUGGAGGCACGGAGAGACGCUGUCAAGGCCAUUACAGAGGUGUGUAAGACGGUGGGAGUAGGUAAAUCACCUACAGACAGUCUGUGUGCUGACAAUGUUCCAGCAGUCUACAACUCUCUGCUAACGGCCAUGACAGACUACACCUUAGAUAGUCGUGGGGAUGUUGGAGCCUGGGUCCGAGAAGCAAGCAUGACUGGACUGAUAGAGGUGACCUCAUUGCUGGUGAACAACAGACCUGAUCUCUUCACUAGUGACAUUUGUAAGAGAGCCAUGCAGUGUUUGGUUCAGCAGUGUUGUGAGAAGAUUGACCGCACUCGAGCUCAUGCUGGACAGGUGUUCUCACAGUUUCUGUAUCACGAUCCAGAAAUUCCUGAUAUCCCCCAUAGAACAGAGCUACAUAGUAUAUUUCCAAGGAAUGAGAUAGAAGAUAUUAACUGGUCUGCUCCUUCAGACACAUUCUGUAGAUUUACUCAGCUUCUUGGACUGGACACCUACAUGUAUAAUGUACUGCUGGGCCUCACAGUCAGUGUAGGAGGAUUGACUGAGUCACUGGUGAUCAACUCCAGCUCCUCUCUGCAUGUUUACCUGAGAUCUAUAAGUAAAGACUUACAGAAGAUGACCCACUUUGGAGAAGUUGUGUUACAAAUAUUUAAUGAUUAUCAGAAAAUAGAUAGGGUGUCCUAUCCUAUGUUGAAAAUGUUGGACCAGUUGCUGUCUAAAGGUUGUUUUGAUGUGUUCACAAGUAUAGAACAACAUCAGUUCCCAUUGUCUGUGAUAGAAUUAGUACGUACAGAAAUCUCACGCUGUGGAGACCCCCAUAAACUCAUCGCUAGCGUGGAUGUGUACUGUGGUCUCCUUCAGUUUCAAGGAGAAGCCAGAAAGAAAUCUCUUCAACAGUUAACUAUACUGCUGUGUCAUAGAUAUCCAAGGGUUAGAAAGGCAACAGCUAAUAAGUUAUACGAGGCCCUAGUGACGUACGACGACAUCGUGCCAGAGGACAGUCUAGAAGAGAUCACUACCAUCCUCAGUGAGUUCACCUGGGAUGAUGAAGUAGACGUGGUUAAAAUAAGACCAGUCAGAAAUAACCUGUGCGACUUAAUGAAAAUUCCUUGUCCAGUGUUGAAAAAGGCGGGAACUUAGAGAUAUUAAACACGAAGGAGGACUCAAAGAAGCACGAUCGUGUCAGGAUGUCACGCUAGGUGAAAAAUCGGUGUUCACAGGGACCGCGGAUACCAAUCGUCUUCUUCAUCCCUUGCUAAUGAACAAUCACGGAUAUCUUUUAUUGUUUCUGUCUGUCGCUUAAAUCGCAUCAUUAAGGUUAAUAAAAUAGCAAUAUGAAACACUAA